GUAAGGUCAAAAUUUUGUAAUUUUCCCAAAUAUACACAUAGAUUGGGGGGUUUUGCUUUUGGAGGGUUUUAAUUUGUUUCCAGAGCAUCCAAUUCCAGAAACUGCGUGCGAGUCGGGACGAGAGAGUCUGCGAAGCGAAUUCAUGGGUUCUGUAGACGAAGUUAGCAACAACAACGGAUUCGGAUGCUCACCCGAAAUGGAGAAAUUCCUCUGUGAACGGUUGGGCGACCCGACCCAGCCGAUUUCGGAGCGGUUCAGAGUCCUCUUCUCUCUCCGUAACCUUAAAGGCCCCUCCCCUCGCAACGCCCUUAUCCGAGCUACAAGAGAUUCAUCAAAUUUGCUAGCACAUGAGGCUGCAUUUGCAUUGGGUCAAAUGCAAGAUGCCGAAGCUAUCCCGGCUUUGAUAGCACUACUCAAUGAUCUCUCUUUGCAUCCCAUUGUUCGCCACGAAGCGGCGGAAGCAUUGGGUGCAAUUGGGUUGGAGAGUAAUGUUCUUGUUUUGAAGAAUAGUUUGGUCUCAGACCCGGCUCAGGAGGUGCGGGAAACAUGUGAAUUGGCUCUCAACCGAAUUGAGCAAUUAAAGGAUGAUGGCGGAAAUGGUGAAUCUUCCACGGAAGGAAGAUCACCUUUUAUGUCAGUUGAUCCUGCUGCACCAGCUUCUUCUUGUUCUUCCGUAGAUCAACUAAGGGAAGUACUUCUGGAUGAAGAAAAAGGCAUGUAUGAGAGGUAUGCAGCUCUCUUUGCACUUCGAAAUCAUGGUGGAGAUGAUGCUGUUUCUGCAAUAAUCGAUUCUUUGCAUUCAAAAAGUGCUCUACUGAAACAUGAGGUGGCCUAUGUAUUGGGCCAACUGCAAAACAAAGCUGCUUCAGCUGCACUUUCCAAUAUACUCAGGGAUUUGAAUGAGCACGCCAUGGUUAGACAUGAAGCUGCUGAAGCUCUUGGUUCCAUUGCAGAUGACCAAAGUAUAGCACUUCUUGAGGAAUUUGCAAAGGACCCUGAGCCUAUUGUCUCACAAAGUUGUGAAGUUGCUCUAAGCAUGCUUGAGUUUGAAAGAUUAGGAAAAUCAUUUGAGUACCUUUUCAUGCAAGCUCCCCUUGUGCAUUAAAUUAUUACAAUUUUUGACAAAGUAGUCAUUGCAUCUAUGCACAUAUUUGAAGAAUGAGCUGCGAUAUGAAAAAGUAUGAGCUAAUGAUGAGCAAGCAUGAAGUUUUGGGAAGGAAAUAAGUGAGGAAAGAAGUAGGAAUGUCAGAGAAUUACACAAUCUUGACCUUUGUUGCGUUGUUCUGCUAAUUUAUGACCAUACUCAGUGAACUGAUCUGAGUUCGUAAGUGUAUCACUACUCUACCUGGGACUCUAUGCAAGAACAUGCUUGUGAACCUUCAAUUGGUUUGUUGACAGUACUUUAUAGCUUAAUAGCGUUUUUGAUUGUU